CUCCUGGCGCAUAAUGGGGAAUUUUGCCUGUCCGGGCUUUUUCGCCGGCGGAGUCCACAGCAAAUACGAGAUGGGGAAACGCCUUGGUGUUGGUCGUUUUGGGGAGGUCUGAAUGCAACGAGAGAGCUUACAACAAACGAUGAUUUAUGUGUGUCGGUAGGUCGUCGAGGUGUGGGAUAGAAAGGAUCCAACGAAAAAAUAUGCCAUGAAAGUGCGCAAGAGGGGAGCGCUUCAAUGGACACAUGGGAUUCAGUUUCUGUUUCAGAUGUCUCCUCCCAUUGAUGAGACAAUGCGGGAACGACUCAGGACUGAAGUGCGGAUCAUGCAGCAUCUCGGUCGGCAUCGCGGCCUCGUCAGCCUUAUCGACUAUGAGGAAACAGCAAACGGGAGCUUCAAAUUGGUGCUAGACUUGUAAGUGAAUACAUGGAAGGACUCACCACGGGUUCACACGAUUUCGAGAUAUGCCGGCGCGUACACCAGGUGCGAGGGCGGAGAGCUGUACGACCGGAUUCACAAGAAAGGCUGCUAUUCCGAGCGUGAAGCCAAAAUAGUCCUCGGACACUUGGUACACGAACGAAGGAAUCAAGUACACUCAAUCGCUGUACACUCAAUCGCUGUGAGCUUCUCUGCAGCUUGAAACCAUUUCCUUCAUGCACAGCAGAGGCGUAAUGCACAGAGACCUGAAGGUGGGUUGGAAUUCGGAGUUCUUUUAUUCCGACUCGUCUCGCUUUGUCCGUCUAUUAGCCUGAGAACAUUUUGCUGACAAGCAGAGAGAGCGAUGUGGAUGUGAAGAUAUCGGACCUAGGACUAGCCAAGAUCAGGUGCCCAGGAAUAGCCAUUACACUCGUGCAAUAGAGUACGUAAUCGUCGUUCCUUCGCAGCGACUCGGGUAGCUUCCCAAGAGCGAAGUCCAUCUGCGGGUCAGAUUACUAUCUCGCUCCAGAAGUCAUCGAGCAGCAAGAGUACGGGAAAGAGGUACAGGCAAGAAAUACGAGCGGCAAAGCAAAGAAUUAAUUGCCCUCUUUCAGAUUGAUAUAUGGGCUCUUGGUGUCGUGACAUAUGUGCUGCUCUCCGGAUCGCUUCCCUUCUUUCACAACCGACACCUGCACAAGCUGUAUCGGCAGAUCGUGGAACGGGACAUCAGGUACCUGGCUCAUACACCAAGAAGCAAUGGCGACCCGAUAUCGACGCGGCCUUUUAAUCAACUGCUCCUUGCAGUUUCCCGUCUUCUCAGUGGGGUAAUGUGUCCAAGGGCGCACAAGAUUUCAUCCUACGCAUGCUGCAUGUCCAGCCGGAGAUGAGAAUGACGGUCAGAACAGGAAAAUCGCAGUGACUGUAUCCAGGUCCCCUCUCCCUGCUGUUUUCUCUCAGGCAGAGCAGGCUCUCCAGCAUCCAUGGCUCCGGGGUGUGCCCUCACCCUUCGCGACACUGCCUCCCAAAAGCGUCUCAGACGACACCGAGUCACGAUGCGCUCAUGCAGUCACGGUUGCUCGUGAUGGAGAUAAUGAGCUGAAAGCAUUGUCUACUAGCUCAUCGGCCGUGGAACGUUCCAGCGGAUACGAAGGUUCGUGUGACCAAGAACUCAAUUGAGUGAAUAAAGGCUACCUGUUUUCUCAGGCUCGUCCGUCGUGGAGCAGGCACACACUCAUCCAGUGAUACGGAACAUGCAGACGCCUCCAACAUUCGACGAAUCACAUCGCAGCUCGCAUGCCUGCCCUUCCGACCAAGGCAACAACUCUGGCAGUCUGCUCAGCUGUAUUCUGCCUGUAGUGAGCUCACUCGCCACAGAGACCGGCCGACAUAUCGAUGCCCUUUUUGUCGACACGUCACACACUCACACUUGCAGACUUCCAGUAUAGAGGCCGCAGAAAAUCCAGUAUAGAGGCCGCAGAAAAUCAUGACAAAUUCGGAACCUCUCAUGAUUUUAAUAUCAAUAUCAG